AUGGGGAGGAAGGGGAAGUGGUUCGGUGCGGUCAAGAAGGUUUUUAGUCCUGAACCUAAGGAGGAGGAGGAUGCAAGGAGAGCAUUAAGAUCCCUGCGAGGCCUUGCUAGAUUGAAGACACUGGUUGAUGGUAAUUCUAUUAAGCGUCAAGCUGCAAGCACUCUGUGCUGUAUGCAGACUCUAGCACGGGUGCAAUCACAGAUACGUUCAAGGAGACUGAAGAUGUCUGAGGAGAACCAGGCCCUCCAACGUCAGCUCUUACUGAAACAAGAAUUGGAUAAUUUCAGGAUGGGUGAGCAGUGGGAUGACAGUACUCAAUCCAAGGAGCAAAUUGAGGCGAUCCUAAUAAGCAGGCAAGAGGCUGCAGUAAGACGAGAGAGAGCAUUUGCAUACGCAUUUUCUCAUCAGUGGAAGAGCACUUCGAGGGCUGCCAAUCCAAUAUUUGUGGACCCAAACAACCUACAGUGGGGCUGGAGCUGGUUGGAACGCUGGAUGGCAGCAAAGCCAUGGGAGGGCCAGAAUGGAACUGACAAAGAGAGCAACAUUGACCGUGGAUCCGUGAAGAGCAUGAGCUUGAACCUUGGAGAGGGUGAAAUCACAAAGGCCUUCAACCGUCGGGACUCUAAGCCAGACAAGCCAGCACCAACUACUCCAAAACUGAUCCGUCCAGCCUCCAGGCAGUCCCCAUCAACACCUUCUCCUAAAGUAACACCAAUCCUUGUGAGGAAGAAAUCCACCAUGCCAAAGAAUGGCCCUACGCAGGUGGAUGAUGAUGCAAGGAGUGUGUUAAGCGUUCAGUCUGAGCGACCAAGGAGGCACAGCAUAGCCACCUCAACGGCGCGGGACAGUGAGAGUGUUGCAGGCUCCCCAUCAGUCCCAAGCUACAUGGUUCCCACAGAAUCGGCAAGGGCUAAGUCCCGCCUCCAUUACUCGGCAUUAAAGAAUGGCACAGAGACACCAGAAAAGGAGGUUCUGCUGGACCCGCGAAGAAGAGGUUAUCCUUCCAAUCUGGAAUGGCGUCUCCCUCACCGAUGA